UCUAGAUUGUUAUGAUCUCGCCUGACAUGUGGUUUUUGUGUAUUUCGUCAUAUUUUUAAACCGUUUUAAAUUCCGCCACAAGUGAAUCUUCGCGCUGCACUUCGGCAUUCCGUGAUGGCCAAACGCGAAACCAUCGUGCACUGGUUCCGAAAAGGACUUCGCAUCCAUGAUAAUCCCGCGCUGACGGUAGCCGUGGACAAGGUGCGAGAAAAUCCCGCCAAAUACUGCUUGCGGCCAAUAUUUAUGCUAGAUCCGGGCAUACGCAAGUGGCUGCGCGUUGGUUCCAAUCGGUGGCGAUUUUUGCAGCAAACGCUGGUAGAUUUGGAUAAAAAUUUACGCUCCAUUAACUCGAGGCUUUACGUGGUACGUGGUAAUCCGGUGGAAGUAUUCCCAAAGCUGUUCACCGAAUGGAACGUAUCGUUGCUUACUUACGAGCACGACAUCGAACCGUACGCAGUGAAGCGAGACAAAACUGUCGAAGACCAGGCAAAGAAGCACCGUGUGGAAAUUCACGUGGAAAAAUCUCACACCAUAUUCGACCCCGAAGCUAUCGUGAAGAAAAACGCUGGCAAGCCACCACUCACCUAUCAACGGUAUGCAACACUGGCGUCGGCCUGCAAAAUACCUCCGGUGCUACCGGCACCAUCGAAACUUCCCGCUAAAUGCGCUGCACCCGAAUCGGAUAAGGAGGAACGCAAAAAUCCCGCCUGCUACGAUCCUCCAACGAUGAAGGAACUGGGUGUGGAUGAAGGUACGAUGAGCGAAUGCAAAUUUCCCGGCGGUGAAACGGAAUCCUUGCGCCGGAUGGAAGAAGUGCUCGGUCGUAAGGCAUGGGUGUGCAAUUUCGAAAAGCCGAACACGUCCCCAAAUUCACUCGAACCAUCGACCACGGUUCUGAGUCCGUACCUGAAGUUCGGUUGCCUAAGCGUGCGACUCUUCUACAGCCGGAUAUCGGACACUAUCAAAGGACAGAAACAUUCGCAGCCACCGGUAUCGCUGAUCGGGCAGAUAAUGUGGCGCGAGUUUUACUACUGCGUGGCAGCGGUAACUCCCAACUUCGACAAGAUGGUCGGCAACGGUGUCUGCAUGCAGAUCGACUGGGACACUAACAAGGACCACCUGGAAGCGUGGACCCAUGGGCGGACGGGUUAUCCGUUCAUCGAUGCGAUCAUGCGCCAACUACGCCAGGAAGGAUGGAUACAUCAUCUUGCCCGUCACGCCGUCGCAUGUUUCCUAACGCGUGGCGACCUGUGGAUUUCGUGGGAAGAAGGGCAGCGUGUUUUCGAGGAACUGCUGCUGGAUGCCGAUUGGGCGCUAAACGCGGGCAACUGGAUGUGGCUGUCGGCAUCCGCGUUCUUUCACCAAUUCUUCCGCGUCUACAGUCCGGUAGCUUUUGGCAAGAAGACUGAUCCGGAGGGCAAGUUUAUCCGCAAGUACGUCCCGGAACUGGCACGCUUCCCGGCCGGAAUCAUCUACGAACCGUGGAAGGCAAAUCUCGAAACGCAAAAAAAGCUCGGUUGCAUCAUAGGGAAGGAUUAUCCGAAGCGGAUCGUUGUGCACGAGGACAUUUCGAAGGUGAACAUUCAACGCAUGUCUGCCGCUUACAAACGUAACAAAGCACAGAAAGAGACCGACCUGGACGGGGACAGUGCACCGGAUGCCAGCACGCCGGGAAAAAAGCGUCCAGCGAGUUCAUCAUCGUCGGCAAAGAGCAGUGCCGCUCCGAAGAAACGAAAGCUGGAAGCCACCAUUGAAAAGUUCUUGAAAAAGAAGUAAAACAACGCAAGCGAAGCUCACAUAAUUAUUAAUACAAACUGCCAGUAAUACUCAGGAUAAUCUCUUAGGUGAGUGUUAAGUAUUUCGUCACAAAGUAAUUGUGUGUACUACCUAAACGGUUUAAGACCUUAAUAAGCGAGGGCUGACGUCUAAAAAUGAUAAUUUACUUACAAACACGUAUUACGCCCAAGCAACUCCUCCAAGGACUCGAAGUCUCUCUUAGCCUCUCAGCUGCAUGAGAGAGAAGAAAAACGGUUUCAACACCAACAAUUGUUCAAAAGUAUUAAAUUACUGUUGGUAUAAUUAUCCGGGCAUUUUCCUUCAUUUUCCUCCAAUUUGGGAAAGUUACUUAUUUUCUAUUUAAGGAAAAAACACACUAAAACAAAAUAAACUACGAAACCAUG